UGAAUUUUUAUGUCGUAGGAAAUAAUUCUGUCUUGCUGCUCUCUUCUCUUGUUGUUCUCUCUCUUCCACGCUCGCCAAGAGUCUGCAGCACACACUGAAAUUUCUCCAACUUAUCGAUAGACUCCACCCGAACCCAACACCUUUUCCCAAACCACACCUGCCCUCUCGCCCUCCCUCUCGCCCUCAUUCCAGCAUAUCGACCACCCGUUGCACCCGAUCAUGCCGGCCCCUACCACCACCCUCCUCAUCGAGGGCAGCUUCACCGAGCUGGCCGAGGAGUUCGCCCAGUACCUCGACACCCUGCGCAAGAACGAGGGCCCCAGCGUCCAGGCCGAGAUCACCCCGCUGCUGCAGCCUCUGCGCGAGAAGGAACAGGCCGACGAGGAGCCGGAUCUCAAGCAGCGGGAUGAGGUUUUGAAGAAGCUGGUCUCCGCGGCGGCCGUGCUAAACACUGCGCCAGAGAAGGAAAUCACCUCUGCGUAUAACCUGCUGUUGCACCUCAUCCACCAAGCGUCGGAUCCCGACAUGUUCCUCUCGCGCCUGUGCACGUAUCUCGCCAAGCCGAUCCAGUCGUCUCCCCAGUUCGGCCCAUCGCUUGCCAUUUCCAUCCUGACCACCAUCUUCAACACGCUCGCACCCUCGGACUCGAGCCGGUACCACGUGCUGUUGGCGAUCGUGGCGGUGAUCCGGCAGAGCAGCUCUGCGUACGCGUACGAGGCCCUCAAGCCGCAGCUGACGAACCAGCUGCCCGGCUGGCUGACCGCGUGGGAGCUGGAGGAAGAAGAGGCCCGCAAGCUGCACCUGGCCGUGACGGAGGCCGCCGAGGCCGCCGGCGACAGCGAGCUGGCGUACGAGCACCUGGUGCUCGCCCUGCAGACCGUUUCCGCGGGGGAGGCCAGCCGUCCAGAGUCGCGCGAGCUGGCCAUCCGUGCCCUCAAGUCGUCGCUGCAGAACCCCACCGUCUUCGACUUCACCCCCGUGACGGGCUCGGAUGCCAUCCAGGCCCUGCGCGCCAGCGACAGCACCCUCUUCGAGCUGCUGGAGAUCUUCACCUCCGACACCCUCGACGUGUAUGAGGAUUUCGUCGCCGCCACCCCGCUGGCCACCAUCUCGGGCGGGGUCCUCGCCGACAUCGCCACCCCACUGCAGACCAAGAUCCGCCUGUUGACCCUCGCCUCGCUGGCGGCCUCGACCCCGUCGCGCUCGAUUCCCUACGCCAGCAUCGCCACCGCCCUGCGCGUCCCCGCCGACGAGGUCGAGAAGUGGGUCAUCGACACCAUCCGCGCCGGUCUCGUCGAGGGCAAGCUCUCCCAGCUCCGCUCCGAGUUUCUCGUCCACCGCGCCACCUACCGCGUCUUUGGCGAGAAGCAGUGGGCCGAGGUUCAGGGCCGCCUGAUGGUCUGGCGCCGCUCGCUCGAGUCCGUCCUGGGCGUUAUCCGCUCCGAACGGGAACGCUUCAUCCGUGACGGCAUCCAAGCUGCUGCUGCCGCGGCCGCCGCUGCCGAGGGUAAGACUGGCGAUAAGGCCAAGGAGCGCCGACGGAAUCAGAACCAGCAGCAGAACCAGCAGCAGACCCAGACCCAGACCCAGCAGCAGCAGCAGCAGCCGCCGGCCGAAUUAGUAGUCGAGUGAUCUUUUUUUUUUUUU